GUUUGUAGCCCUAUUUCAGACUUCAGUUCGAAACCCUUCUUCGUCUCUUCUACUUCCCUGAGUGGUCAAGAGCCCUCUCUUUUCAGAUAAUGGCAUACCAUGCUUUUCUAAGCUUUUUAUUCGCGGCGGCCGUCUGGUGCUCUGCAUAUGCCGCCACGGCCGUUCUUGUGAUGUUCCGCUUGUUCUAAAUUCUCACCUUUUGCUUUGAUCAUUGACUGGUGAAGGAGUUUCUGGCUUUGAUCGAUCAUGGGGUAUGCUCAACUUGUUAUUGGUCCUGCUGGUAGUGGCAAGUCAACUUAUUGCUCUAGCUUGUAUCAACACUGUGAAGCUAUUCGGAGGACCAUGCACAUUGUGAAUCUUGAUCCUGCCGCAGAGCAUUUUGAUUAUCCGGUUGCUAUGGAUAUAAGGGAACUUAUUUCCUUGGAUGAUGUUAUGGAGGAACUUGGUCUGGGCCCUAAUGGUGGCCUUAUUUACUGCAUGGAGCAUCUUGAAGAGAAUCUUGAUGAUUGGUUGGCAGAAGAACUGGAUAACUAUUUGGAUGAUGACUAUCUUGUUUUUGAUUGCCCAGGUCAGAUAGAGCUUUUUUCACAUGUCCCAGUUCUGCGUAAUUUUGUCGACCAUUUGAAGCGGAAAAACUUCAAUGUUUGUGCUGUGUAUUUGCUUGAUUCUCAGUUCAUGACUGAUGUGCCUAAAUAUAUUAGUGGUUGCAUGGCUUCUCUCUCUGCAAUGAUUCAGCUUGAACUACCUCACGUCAAUAUUCUCUCAAAGAUGGACCUUGUGACAAACAAAAAGGAUAUAGAAAAUUACUUAAACCCAGAGGCCACUACCUUACUUUCUGAGUUAAAUCAGAACAUGGCACCCAAGUUUGCAAAACUAAACAAAGCUUUGGCUGGUCUGGUGGAUGAGUUCAGUAUGGUCAACUUUGUGCCCCUUGACUUAAGGAAGGAGAGCAGUAUACAAUAUGUAUUAUCAUACAUCGACAACUGCAUCCAGUAUGGAGAGGAUGCUGAUGUGAAGAUCAGAGAUUUCGAUCCUGAGGAUGAUUAGUCAUGCGGUAGACGGGCACAAAACUGUAUAGUGAGCUAUUAUUGGGUUUACAUUAAGCUGCUUUUGACCAUGAAAUGAACUAUAGUGUCUGGAAGAUCUCAGCUUUGCUGCUAUCCUCUUGUCUCUGCAUUGAGAUUGGGUUUUAUCCCAUACCUUCUGAUGUUUUCUAUAUUUUCUUUGAAUUUAUCAUGAGUAAUUGGCUGCAUUUCUCCCUUCCUAAUAUAUACACUUUCUCGUCCAAUCAA